AAACAUCUCUAUGAGACCCAGUAGAGGAGGUGUUCAAAAGAAAUCAAAAACCAUGGAUUAUACAAAUUAUGCCUAUAAUGAGGCAGUGGGCAGGUUAAAAAUUAUGUUGGCUGAUUCAUAUACAGCGCCCAAGGCACCCACCACCACUUCGUAUUUGAGAAGUUUCAAUGAUGAUUCAGCGGACAAUUAUUCGGACAAUAUGUCGGUCAUAGACCGCCCAGUUUUUGCGGAUAUUUCUAAGUAUUUAUCACCCAGUCAAAAAACUCGUUUGGGUGGUGGCAGUUAUCGUCCUAAGAAAACCUUAAGUGGUUUCUCAGCUUCCAAAGAGAAUUUAACUUCACCAGCUAGACAAUAUCAGAGCACAGCCCUACCUACUGCCAACGUCAGUAGCACAGCUGCUGUGGAUUAUUAUGCCUCCUCUCCCAAAAUCACCAUACCACCCACAGACAGUGUCCAGGCUCCGGUAGAGAUUUUCAAUUUCAUUGAAAAGCAAGAAGACUACAUUGAGCAACUGGAAAAGGAAUCGAAAUAUUGUCGCAAUGAGUUGUCCAAUCUGCUGGGCAAAGUUAAAGAUGUCAUCAAUGAAAAUGAACAAUUAACUGAACAUGCUCGUAGUGAAUUAAAUAACAUGGGUAAGAGUGAGAAAGUAACCACCAGUCCCUCUUCAGACAGUGAUGAUAUUUUGUAUACGAAUAAGAAACCUUCGACUCCGCGCAAAAAGGAAGUUAAAAGUCCUCGUUACGCCUCUGCUCCUAAUAUAGUGUAUGAGGCGCGUAUUAGUGAACUGGAAGCGGAAUUAAUGCAGGCUACUAUAGAUCUAAAGCGCGUUAAAACCGAGAAUGAUGAUCUUAAAAAGAAACUGGCGCGAUCGGAUCCUUCAACGACACCCAAUUCCGCCUUAAAUUGUGAAGCCCAUCGCAAGCAAAUUGAUUUGCUACAAAAGGAUAAAAACGCUUUGGAAGAAACCAUUAGGCAGUUGCACAAAUCCUUAGAUGAUGCCAAGUCCCAACAAUACAACCAAUCAUCCAAACGCUAUGUCAAUGAUCUAGUGCAAAUGGAAAGAUCUCAAGCCGAGUUGGAGGUACGUCAUCUAAGGGAUGAGCUAGAUCGUCAACAUGAGCGUGUUAGGGAACUACAACAUGAAAUGGGUAGACGUUUGGCCGAUGAGCGUGCCAAUGCUGAGAGACGUUACAACAAUCAAGUUGAUCAAUUGGGUGGUGAUCUCAGUUCUCAGUGGGAACAAGUGGCUAAACUACAAUUGGAUUUGGAGAGACAAAAACGCUAUGAAAGUGAUUUGAAACGUGACUUGGCCAAUCGUAAUUCCCAAAUAGAAGAGCUUAAAAUGGAGUUGAGAGCAAAUCGCACCACCUUCUUGGCCGACAUGGCUCAAGCUAAUGCCGAGAAACAAUCACUGGAACAAGAAAUCACCGCUUUACGUUUGCAACUCGAUCGUGCUUCGCGUGAGAAUAAAACCGAGGCGGCUCGCUUAAAUGCUGAAAUCAAUUCGGUGCGACAACGUUUGGAUCGGGCCGAUGCGGAUUUGUUGCAUUCGAAGAGGGAGGUGUUGCGCUUGAAUGAUGAAAUAGCCAAUCUGGAAAAGGAGCUGGCCUAUGGUGAAAUGAAAAAUGAAAUACGUCCCACUAAAAAGGAUUUGGAUAAACGUAUUUCGGAAAUGCAAGAAAAGCAUGCUGAGACUGUAAAUGAACUAGAAGAAAUGAUACAAAGUCAAAAGCAACUCAUGGAUAAAUUAACCAAUGAAUGUAAAACAUUAACAAAUAAAUUAGAAGAUACAACCAUAAAACACAAAACGGAAAUAUCUUCAUUACAAUCCAAUGUUGAAUAUUUAACAAAUCGCAUGUUGAACAGCGAUCGUCUUGGUAAAUUAGAUAAUACGCCAACAUCUUACAAUAGUUUACCAUCAACAACAGGCAAAGCCUCUCUCGACUACAAGCCGACCACAUUUGGCACAACCAACAACGACACUCCACGAUCCAUUACAAAUGACUACAGUAGCAACAGCAAGACCAAUCCCUACAGCUACGAUUCCGUACUGGGAAAGACAACAGCCGGCGAUACAAACACCACAACAGCUCUACCCACCUCAACAACAGCAUCCUAUGAUGCAGACUACAAGUCUAAAUACGAAUCACCCACUGGCGCAUACGACUACAAAUCAGCAAUCAAUGACAACGAUGACGAAAAUCUCAAAGACAACAUUGGCGAAGGAGAGAAGAAGCAACAACAGCAGCAGAGAGACCCAAAUGUUGGAGAUAGCAAUACAAACGCAAAUGACCCAGCAGGAGACUACACGGCCACGGGAGAAUUACCAGAUGCCACAGAUUAUGCAGCAGCCGAUUACAGUGGCUAUGAGGGAUACGAUCAGCAGCAAUAUGAUGCCACAGCCUAUGAUCCCUCGACCUAUGAUCAGACACAAUACGGAGAAGAGUCAGCCCAAUAUGAUGGCACUGGACAGGGCUAUGACACCACAGCCUAUGACUACAAUGCCACAGAUUAUGAUGCCUCUGCAUAUCAAUACGACAACAGUGGAGGACAACAGCCAGCGGACUCCCUGCAUCCUCAGGCCCAACAACGACACAAGCACCAGCAACGCUUGCACCUGCAACAGCAGCUGCAUUACCAACACCAGCAGCAACCCCAAGCACUGGCACAAGUGGGCCAACAGAAGGCCGAACUCAACCGAGAACGGGCAGUGGCCCUGUGGGGUCAUCAAGUACAACUGGAGGAGUCUCCAGCGCAAAAUCCACUUUGCCACAACAGUCUUCCACGUCAGCAACCAAAAAGUAGUUGUGAUCCCGAUCUGGAUCUGACUUCAAAUCUAAGUAACUAUUGUAUAGAUCCUUUUGAUUUGGAAUUUAGCAUAAGUAGUCCAAGUUUAAUGCGUUCCUAUGGUUCCGAUACCUGUACAGAAUUCGAGGAUAAUGAGGCUUUUGACGAUGAUCAACACAGCAGUGAUUCGUUGACAGACAAAACUCUAUCACCGGCUCAAACAGCCAUCAGAAGAAUGUCACCGGAAACUACAGGUAUUGAAUGA